AUGGCUCUCCCUCCCAAAUUCGCCGGCCAGUUGCUAGCAUCUUCUUCACACUCGGAAGCCAAACACACUCUCGAGCUCUACCUGGACUAUGUCUGUCCCUUCUCGGCAAAGCUUUUCAAUACCUUCUAUGAUUCCGUAGCCCCCUCUCUCGAAAAGAAGUACACCAAACCUGGAGUUCGUGUCAUCUUCCGUCAGCAGAUCCAGCCGUGGCACCCUUCUUCCACACUCGUUCAUGAAGCCGGUGCCGCAGUCUUGAAAAUUGCACCGAACAAAUUCUGGGAUUUCUCGAAGAAGCUGUUCGAGCAUCAAAAGGAAUACUUUGACGUCAACGUGGUAAACGAGGCAAGAAAUGACACGUACAAGCGGUUGGCGAAACUCGCAGGAAGUGUUGAUGGAAUUGAGGAGAGCAAGAUCCUGGAACUGCUACUAGUAAGCGACAAGCCGGAUAAGGAUGGCGGAUUGAACAUCGGCAACGGAACCACGAACGAUGUCAAGCAGAUGGUCAAGGCGAAUCGAGUCACAGGCGUGCAUGUGACGCCCACUGUACUCUUCAACGGAGUCCCUGAAGGAGGCAUCUCUUCGAGCUUCUCGGCUCAUGACUGGGACGACUGGCUUUCCAAAAACGUAGCAUGA